CAGCACUGCGUAUAGCUCCUUCACUGGGGAGCAGGGAGCGAAGGAUGAGAGAAAGUAGGAAAGACAUGAAAAGAGAACGAGUGGGAGGUGUGAAUGGUGUAUGGAUUUGGCAGCAGCGAAGGGAGGAGAGGUAUGAAGAGGAGUAGACAUCUGCAGGUGUCCCAGGGCGAUUCUGUCCUCUGGCCGUUCCUCCGAUGUGUCUCCGAAUGCACUCACCCCCCCCCCAGGACAGCUAUAAAGGAUGAUCUGAAAAUACACUGACACAACACUGAGCCCCAGAAGUACUGUCACAAAAAAUCCAAAAUUGCUGUUUGUUUUGGUUGGUCUCCAAGUCUCUACUCUGCUCCACUUUUUCUUGCACUUUAAUCUCGUCUGCGUUCCCAUUUCUCUGCUCAGAGGAGGUCAUGUCCCAGUCUGGAAAAGUCCUUCAUCUGUAUGUGGAAGUGAGAUCUGCCCCAGAUCAGAAAGCAGAGAGAACUGAGGAGGACAAUCCCGCUGAACUACUUUCCAAGUUAACAAACUCAACCAAAACGUCAACUAGCCACUGCUUAGCCCAAGAGCGUACUCAAAAGCAAUCUCCUUCAAAACAUUCAGUCAGUUUUCAGCUCCAAAAUUCACCAAAAGUCACAAAAUCCUGGACCUCACCUUGCCAUAACAUCCAGUCUCCACCAUGCUACGCCUCACCAAAGUGUUUAAAAAAAGAAGAUGUCAGUGAUAGAAAACGAUCUGUUGUUACGUUCAGUUAUGUUGAGAAAUCAAAUGUUAAGACGAUAGAAAGUCCAAUAAGAGACCAAAGUCAUUUUCGUAAAAGAUUAAGUGAUCCGGUUUAUUUCGGCAGCCCUACUUCUACUUGCAGCUCGAGUCCCUACAGAUCUCCAGGUCACCAGCACUAUCUUCCCAGACAAGCACCUGUUUUUGACCCCAUUGGGAGGGCAGCUACACAAAGAGCAGUGGAGGAGUUUGGUUCUCCUUUAUUGCGAAUCAAACUAGCUCACGCACUUGAAAACAGUGACUAUUUAUAUAACCGAAAACCGCGUUGUCAAUCCUGGGCCGGUUCGCCUCUUUUCAAAAAACAACCAAUGCACUCACACGUGGAAUCGCAAAGCCCUCGUCACCUCUUACAAAGCAGUCCUGCUACUCAAAGACAAUUUGAUGACUCUCCGAUGUGUGGCACUGACAAAGUAGAAGGAAUGAACCAGUUAAGUGAAAGAAAAUCGCCGGCGAAUAGUCCGGAGGUUGCGCGAAAGCUAGUAGAAGAGGUCAUCAAAGUUUCUGCUAGUUUAGUGGCAGGAAAUCAUUCGCCGUUGCACAAUCCAGCGUCCAGUGCACAGCAGUGUAAAAUGAACAUCCCUUUAACAGAGCAGCUUACCCCAACCAACUCAAACCAGCCUGAAAACUCACAAGAAGCAAAUAAUGACACUAAGCCCAUCGACUGCCACCAAAAAUACCAGCAUCCAAGCUCGAUCCACUCUUCACCUGCCAUUCCUUCUCGCCUGGUACGUCCCGUUAACCCUCCCGCCGAAACUAGUUCACCUGUAAGGGACCCAAGACUAAGCCAGGGGGAACUCCGCGCCCCUGACACCCCAACAUUACACCGCUACCAACCUCCGCAGUACAUGGGCGAUGUCUGGACUCCUCGUUUGGAUUUGAGAGACGAUUUCGAAAAGGGAGACUGUACAGAGAUAGCGCGCAGACUGUAUAUCAAUGAAAAUGUCGAGGAAGCGCCUGUCAGUUGGACGUCCAGGCAGCAGUGGGGGAGCGAUGAGGUGACAAGCCCAAGACCGAGCCCUGAGUCUGGGUUUGUGUCGAAUAGUGAUACCUCCACAACUCCACCACCUCAACCAGACAAGAAGGGAAAAUACCUUAGCCCCAAAACUAGACAAAAACGAGCAGAGCAAAGACGAAGGGAGAUUUUGCUUUUGGGACCUGUGGCGUUGGACUCGCCCGAUGAGGACGAAGGGUGUGAUGAAGAUGUAGCAGGACAGGGGCAGAGUGGAGAUAAAGAAAGUCCAGGGGAAAAUGGAGGAGGAGUAGGAGGGUCGUCUUCGCGCAGCUCCAGUGGCGUGACAGGUAGCCUUGGCGACCGGGACUGUGUGUCGCCCGAGUCCAGCCAGUCGAGUCGCCAUAGCAACGAGACGGGGGCAGUGACCUCAGGAAUACAGACAGACAGUGGCAGUGCAGCUCCUGUGCCCUCUCUCCACUGUCAGAAGAUCGCCCGUGCCAAGUGGGAGUUUCUGUUCGGGACCCCCGCUGAGGAGGCUGCUGGCAGGAGGGAGAAGAAUGGCGUUGAAACCUCCACAGCCCCUCCUAGUGGUAACUCCAGUGAAUCACCCACUCCCACCCCUCCCUCGUCCCUGCCUCUGCUCUCAGCCAAUCACGAGGUGCAGCACGUGGAGGUAGAGCUGGUGACUCCUCCCCCCGCUGUAGUCGGGACAUCCCCCAAAACAGGCAUCAUCCGCCGGACCUUGAAGUACUCUGAAACAGACCUGGAUGCUGUCCCCCUGAGAUGCUACAGAGAGACAGACAUAGAUGAGGUGCUCAUGGGCGAGCAGGAGGAUGCUGACUCUGCAUUUGGGAGCAACCGCAGUGUGCAGGGAAACUCAGGUAUUGGCAGUAGUCCUCUAGGGGGCGAUAAUCCUAGGACAGAUGGGGAAGAUGGAGAAGACAAAGAACAAGAGGAUGAAGAGGAGGAGGAUGAAGAUGAGAGUGAAGAGGAGGAGGAGGAGGAGGAGGAGGAAGAGGAGGAGAUGGUGAGCUGGGCCAGUGUCCGGAUGCAAGGGGAUGAGCGGAGGAGACUGCACGGGUCGAGGGAUGAUCCUGAGGUGUUUGAACCCAACAGGCCAGAGGAAACUUUUUUUGACAACCACCACCCAGCCCUGAAAUCCCCAAUCCUGGUCUCUGGUCCGCGGCUCUCAGCAGAAGACACUUUCAGUCGCCACUUUGAGAGCAUCAUGGAGUCGCACCGAGCUAAAGGGACCUCCUACAACAGCCUGGACAGUGAGGAGAUCCUGACUUCAACCACUCAGACUGUUUUGACCUUUGACCUUCCAACUCUGACCCCUGCCAUCCAUGGGCCGGUGUGCCAGAGUGCCAGGCAGAUUGUGCAGCUCAGUUUUGCCCCGUUGGCGCAUGAUGAGAGGCCUAGUUUGUCAGACUCUAUCUUCACCAUGGGAGGGGGCGGUGAUUCGGAUGCCACCAGGGCACCCUCCAGUGAGAGACUGAGCAGUGGGUCUGAGGGGACCCCGCCACGCAGACGGGAGACGGAGCACAUAGGGAGCCCCUGGUACAGCAACUCGUCUUUCCCAAUGAUUAACAGGGAGAAGGCCCGUUUGGCCACAGACUCGGAGCUGGACCAGGACCUGAGCGAGCGCCUGGGCCUGAGCAGCAGUGACACUCUGACCAACGGCAGCCACAGAGCUGAUCUCGCCGCCGCACGGAGGCUCGCCAAACGUCUCUUCAACCUCGAUGGAUUCAGGAAGUCCGACGUGGCGCGACAUCUGAGUAAGAAUAAUGACUUCAGUCGGAUGGUUGCAGAAGAAUAUCUGAGUUUCUUCAACUUCACAGGACUCACACUUGACCAGGCUUUACGAGCAUUCCUGAGGCAGUUUGCGCUAGUGGGGGAGACUCAGGAGAGAGAGAGGGUCCUGUCCCACUUCUCCAGACGAUAUUUUGACUGCAACCCCAAAGUCGUUCCAUCAGAGGAUGCAGUCCACACGCUCACCUGUGCCCUAAUGCUGCUUAACACUGAUCUGCACGGCCAAAACAUUGGCAAGAGGAUGUCAUGCACGCAGUUCAUUUCCAACCUGGAGGGUCUGAACGACGGCCAAGACUUUCCCAGGGAUCAACUCAAAGCACUGUACAACUCAAUCAAGAACCAGAAGCUCCAAUGGACGCUCGACGAGGAGGAGCUGCGGAAGUCAUUUUCGGAGCUCGGGGACAGUCUGUGUGAGUCGGACGCCUCCAGGCCCAUACGGCGCGUGGACAGCAGCGGGAAGCCCCUGGAGGACGGGACACAGCCCUCCGGAACGCUGCUGUACAAGAACGGCUUCCUGGUCCGAAAAGUGCACGCCGAUUCAGAUGGAAAGAGAACUCCAAGAGGAAAAAGAGGCUGGAAGACUUUUUAUGCGAUCUUAAAAGGGCUAAUCCUCUACCUGCAAAAAGGGGAGUACAGGCCUGAUAAGCAGCUCUCUGAUGAGGACCUUAAAAAUGCAGUGUCCAUCCAUCACUCUUUGGCCAUGAAGGCUUCAGACUACAGCAAACGACCCAAUGUCUUCUACCUCCGCACUGCAGACUGGAGGGUCUAUCUCUUCCAAGCACCAAACGCAGAGCAGAUGCAGUCCUGGAUCACUCGGAUCAACACGGUGGCGGCCAUGUUCUCGUCUCCACCGUUCCCCGCGGCCAUCGGCUCCCAGAAGAAGUUCAGCCGCCCCCUGCUGCCCGGAACCAUGUCCAGACAGACCGAGGAGGAGCAGGUGCGCUCCCAUGAGGCCAGAUUUCGGGCCGUCUCCACUGAACUGGCUGAAGUACGCUCUUGCCCCCCUCCAGAUCGAAAGGUCAAAGGUCGGGAGCUGGACGAGUAUCGCCAAAGAGAUGAAUAUCUGGAGUUUGAGAAAACCCGAUAUGGAACUUAUAUCAUGCUGUUGAGGGCCAAACUUCGCACGGGUGAGGAGGACUUGUCUGUGUUCGAGUCCCUGAUCCUGGAGGAGAACGGCCUGCAGAGGGUGCACUCCAGCCCCACACUUGGGGACAGCAGCCUGGCCUCUCAAGCCAGCAGCGCCAAGGACGGUCCCAACAGCAGCAAGGCAUCCUGCUGCAGCACGAAGCCGCGUCAGGAGGCCCAGAGACACAGCUACAGACAGGCCGUGAAGAAGUGAGGGGCCCACAGCAUGUACUGCUGUGACAGGCCCUCCUGCACAGGCUUCAUUUAACCAGAAAGGCUCUGAGCUCUGCUUGAAGGGGGGCCGGGUGGGUCCUAAUACUGAUGCCCUAAUGGCACCCCACCCUCCUGUAGAGGAGCCUGACAGUGGCUGUCCAGAGGCGGAGACGAAGGAACAGGAGAGGGAUCAUGGUGCUUAAGACUGGACCAGGCACCAACAGGGAACUACAUCUGACAUCUUUGCUUCUCUCCAGCCUCACUCUCUCUCAUUGCUGUUGCCAAGUUUUCUCCUUUUCACCUUUUUCUUGAUCUUUCACUCAGUUCUGGGACCAAAUAUGUUUACACAUAAAGAGCGUUAUAUUUUAGACAACUGAUUGUUUGAAUUGCCACCACUGCUCUGAUUUGAAGUGCUGUUUUAGAGUCUAGACUCAUGAGUUUCACUGGAGCUAUGACAUUCUAGCUCCACAUCCUCAUGGUGUGUUCACAUUCCACAGAAGAGUGGGACAUUUCAGCAUUUCACUCUCUGUCACUGAAGAAGAUGGAUACUGAAGUCUUUAUUAUGGUGAUGCCCUGGUGGCCUGUUAGACGUGUUUUCUCAGUGCUUACAACAUCUCGACCAGACAGGCUCCAGUUUUGCUCUACUUGAAAAGACAAUCUUCUACCAGUUGCUUUAGCUUGCGUCCUGUGGUGUGCUACUGUUCUUUCUUCUUAUUGGCCGAAUGUUGUUUUCUCCUGUGAUUCGCAUGCCUGCAUCCAGCUCCAUGAUUUUUAGGGCUUUUACGUCUAUGAGGGCGAACACUGAACGCAGCAAAAAUGAUUUAUCCUGAAAUCAUUUAGUCUUUUUUCUUCAUGUUGGUGCCAUACCCCCUGUGUGUGACCACCUCUACACUCACCGCGCAGACCCUGAAUGUCUCUGAUAUUUUUUACUGUCAUAUGUUACUGUUGAACCUUCUCCUCCUGUGUAAUGUAUGUCAUGUGUAAGUUGAGAUGCUAUUGACAAUGUAACAGGAAAUGUAUAAUAUUAUUUGUAAACAUCUGGGAUAUGUUUGUAUAUAAUGCAACCUCUGCUGUAUGCGUGCAGUAUAAUGUAGGAUAUAUAUCAGUAUAUAUUUACAAUAUAGUCAACACAAUAUUGUGGAAAUUAUUUAGGUACAACGCAUUGUACUCAGAGUCUCAGAAGCACUAAACAAUAAUCCUAUUUUUGUUAUUUUUUUGGAAAGUAAGUAACACAGCAACAGCACAAUAUGAGUAUCAUAAUAAUGCCAAUUUAUCAGAGAUUAGUAAUUUCAGAUGGUCUUUGUGAAGUGAAUAAGUCUUACAUUAGGAAAUACUAACCAUCUGCUUUAGGAUUAGGAAUAGAACAGGAAAUACUCCAAAGAAGGUGCUUGGUAGAAAAAACAAAGGCAUGACUUCUAAUAAAAAUAAUAUUAGAUGAAUACAGUUGAACAGAGGAACAGAAGGUAUAAUGGAUAUGGAUCAUUUUGGUAGCCAUUCACACCUCAUUACAGUUUCUUUAUUGAAGUAUAGCCAUUUUUAACUCAGGCUUUAAAAAUUACACUCGGAGCAGCUGCAGUGCCAGUUUCUACCAGCAGGGAGCGCUGUGGACGCUCAGUUGUAUUGUAACUCAGCCAUAAUCACUCCUGCUGCACUUGCAGUGAAUAUGCAUGGCAUCUCCCACCCAGUCCAUGAUCCGCAGGGCUAUUAGAUCAAACCAAUGUACAUGAAGCUUUGUGAGUGUCUGUCCACUGUGGUGCAGUUUGAAUUAGUCUCAUGUCAGUGUAUUUUAUUUACACAUUCAUCUGUUUUCUACAAAUACUAAAUGAAAACUCACUCCAUUUUAUUUUGAUUUUAGAAACCAUUUUGUAUUUUCUAAACGUCAAGUUGUUCUUUUUUAUUUAAGUUAUUGUGCACUUUAUGCUCGUAUUUCAGUGUUUGGUCAAGUCUACAUGCCUGAGUUCUUAACAUUUAGGAUGGUACAUGGCUCCAUUUAUGCCAAUGUUUUUAUUUUAUGGAAAUUAUGAAGAAAAUUGCAAAGAGGUGCAUUGGGCAAAGUCAAGUGCCAUUCACAAUGCUUUCAAACUGCUCACAAAUGAGAAUUUAUUGUGCUUUUGUUUUUGCCUGUAGUAAUCUAUAACACACAUACAUAGAUUAUUUAAAAGUCAAUCAAUUUCAGUAGUUCAAUUUAAGUUGAACUCAUGCAUACUGUUUAACAAUAUUAUUUCCCAUAUGACCAUGUCAGUAAUUAAUGAAUCAUGUGCUAAGUAAUAUAGCGUUGCACACAUAAAUUGCACUACUGAAAUAAAUUGCCUUUUUAAAUAAAAUUGUAGGCCUGUGCAACCAUAUUAGGCCUUAACAUAACUAUCAGGUUUUAGCUUCACAUCAAAUCCAAAAUUAGUACUUUGUUGUAGAUUUUUAGGAGCACUUUUUUACCCUUUCCCAUGCCUUUCUGUUGUCAUCUCACCAUAGCACUGGUCAACAUUGGCUGUAUUGUUUUUGUUGAUGUUUUGGUUGGCCUGCGCCAGCCCCCAUCUCUGAAUGUGACAUGUAAAUAAAGCAUGAGAUAUUAAGGCCUGCUUUUAUUUAUAUUAAAGAGUAUUCAAAUGAAGGGUUUAGAGUAGGUCAACAUGAGCUCACAUCUUCUUUUUGUCAAUAUGAAUGGAGAUUAUGACUGUAUUUGGAGCUGUUGUAUGCUGUGUUUUGGGGAAAUCUUUUACAUGUAAAGGUCUGGCUCCAUCUCAGUGUUUUAAAUGAUAAUGUUCAUUUGAUGCUACAUACAGCAAGCUACAUGUGUCACUGCCUUGUUUAAAACACACCAAGGAAGUAUUGUAUGUGAACCUCCUUUGGGAGACAGAGACAUUGAAA